AUGUACCAGACCAUCCUGCGGGCCCUGCGCCAGGCAUCCGGAGACCUGCUGGACGUUCGUUUUCAAGUGUCCGCCGAGGUCGGUGUCGACGAGGUGCAACCGCCUUCCGUCAGCAGGAACGGCAAUGGCAACGGUAUCAAGAACCGACUGCGCCCUGGUUCCGCACGGGACCCGCCCACGCCCCGUUGUCCACCGGCGCCUCACACUUCGACGCAGUACUCUCAACAACUGGUCGUCGGGGUUUCCAACCGGAUGGCCUUCAGCGCCGCCCAGGCCGUCGCCGACGCGCCCGGCCAGGCCUACAAUCCCCUGUUCCUCUAUUCGGGCGUGGGGCUCGGCAAGACCCACCUCCUCCAUGCCAUCGGCCAGAAGGCCGCCCGCAACGGCAGCAGUGUCCUCUACGUGUCUUCGGAGCAUUCACUCAAAAAACGGACUGCUCAUCUCCGCAUACGCACCGGACACCGAGCGUUCCGGCGCGCGCGGUACCGGAGCCUCGCGUCCAGAUCGAAUGGCGGCCUCAUCGCCGACAUCCAGCCGCCGGACCUGGAGACCCGCAUGGCCAUCCUCGGCUCCAAGGCAGACCAGCUCAAGACCAUCAUCGAAGAAAGCGUCCUGGAGCUGAUCGCCAAGAGGGUCCAGAAGAACGUCCGCGAACUGGAGGGAAGUCUCAACCGGGUGCGUGCCUAUUCCCAGCUCAUGAACACCCCGAUCACGCUGGAUUCCACAUCGCGCCUCCUGGACGACCUCACCCAGGACACGGCCCGCCACGCCAUAGACCCGGAGCGAAUCCUGGAAGAGGUAGGGCGUCAGUAUAAGGUCGCCGCCAGCGACCUGCUCGGCCGCAGCCGCAGCAAGACCAUCGCCCUGGCCCGGCAGGUGGCCAUGUACCUGCUGAUCUACGAACUGGAACUUUCACCCACCCAGGCCAAGCUGAGAUAA